ACUGUCCCUGGUACUCUGGGAGGGCGAUUUUACCCUUUUUUUCUUGUCUAUUUUUAUGUUUUCAUGGAGCUCACAUAGAAGAGAUUAGAGAUGAAAACCAUGACGGUCGGCCUUACGGGAUCAAUCACCUCUCCGGCUUCUAAGCACUUCCGGGACCGACAGUCUCCGGUCUAAGAUAUGCAAUCGACAACUGAGAGGGAGAAUUUGCGACGAAAUGGCCUUCAAUACAUCAUCGCCAAUCAAAUUCGCCUUCUUCUUCUCCCUCUCUUUUGCACUAGCUUCCCGCUCCACCUCCGACGCCGCAUUCUUUCCUAACUUCUCAAUUCGCAAGCUCAAUCUCCGUCGUUUUUCUUCUCUAUUGCCGUCGCCGGAACAGGCUGUCCCCAAGGCUACACCGGCUGACUUGCUGGCGCUACUGGGAACAAAACAGCAGGCCUCCGCUAUUAGUGCUCGGGAGGCUCAGGAACUCCGUGCCUGCUUGAAAUUCCUCGUUCCUUUAGUUCCUAGAUACGAGUCCUCGCAAGCUUGGAGCGCGCUGGGUUUGGAAUUGAGUGGUUCCAAGGGCAGGCAAGAGGAGAAUGAGCUUGUUUGGUGGCCACCGGAGCCGGUGAUGGAGCUGGCACGCCUUGCCGUUGAUUCAGGUGGUGAUCCCGGGUCUAUUCAUUGGGCACUCGAUCCUACGGUUAUCCCUGUUCCUGAUGUCGAAGGGUCGAAGAAAAAUCGGUGUGAGCUGACUAGAACUCCUUAUGGGAGACAUUUCAUAAAUGAGGAGAUAAAUUCAUACCUAAAAUUUUUGUUUGAGAUGAUUGUCAGUCGAGGCCCUGAGGUAGGACUGAAUGUGUCAUUGAAUCGAUAUGACCUCUUUCAUGGUCAUCUCUUUCUUGCCACAGACUCUCGAAGGCUUGGUAUUCUGUUUCAUGCUAAAGAAUACCUGGCAUAUGAUGAGAAAGUAUUCCCAGUCAAUAUGGGCUACUGUCAAAUAGGGUCUAAUGUGACAUAUGAUGAUUCAAUCAAUUUACGGAACAUAUUGUGGCUGGCUCCUUUACCAAGUGAAUCCACAAAGGAAUGGUUGGCACCAGGAGUCCUUGUAGUCUUGGAUGCACAUCCGGAUGGUGUCAUAUAUCGGGACCUCAUACCAGAGUACGUAAAUUUUGUGAGGACCCUUUAUGAAGAUGAUUUUGGGCAGGUUGUAGUUGAUGUUAACUACUUAAAUGUGGGAAUUGAAGCUCCCGAGUUUCAGCUUUUCAUUUGCUGACACUUUCCGGAGCUCCACAUUUUUUUUUUUUUCAUUUUUGAUGCCGUUGUGCUUGAAUGGAUGAUGCCAGAAAGAAGACAUAUUAAACUUGAAUUUCUUGCUGCAAAGGUACUCAGCCUGUGGGAUUACUGAAUAUCAUACAUUUUUUUUGUUUUUGUUUUUGUUUUGUUGGUACAAGAAUAUCAUACAUUCAUACUUAUUUAAUUGUAUGAAUUUGUAUGUACAUAUUAUCUAAUUGACCUAUGCAUUGAAUAA